AUGUCCCAGGCAUUCGCUCCAUUUCCACUUCCUCCCCCUACACCUCAGCCAACCUUCACCUGCUUCAAAAACAUGCCGCCUGAGCUAAGGCGGAUGGUAUGGGAUUUGACACUCCCAGACCCUCAGGUCUACUGCCUCAAGCCUUCCCGCAGGCGGAACGACAAAUGGCUUCGAAUCAAGGCACCUCCGCUCCCAAUUGCUCUGAUGGUCAGCAGAGAAUCACGAAACCAAGCCCAGCUUCGGCUCAAACGUUACACCAUCUCCACGAAUCCGUCGGAGCCUUCCGAUAUCCAGCCUUAUGGAUACUUCAACCCCAGAACCGAUGUCUUGCAUUUGCCCUUCUGGAGUAGUCGAUACAAGUUGGGCAGAUUCCCCUUUGAGAAAUUCUCUUUUCAUCUUGACGUCACCCAGUCUGGGCUUACCACUACAAUCAUCAUGCCGAACCUUCUUGUUCGCCUACAGUAUGCAGAGAAGUUCCCCGACAUCUUCAUGGUCAUGCAGGAUGAGAUGAAUGGAUUCAAAAGACACAACUCUUGCAACACAUGGGUCCCUGUCGGGAUGCCAGUCAUCCAUCGGCCUUGGAACAACCCUUUUCUCAAGCGUCUGCUUGACCAGAGUCGCUUGCACGAGCGCAUUAAGAGCUGGUCCCCAGCCGUAUCGGACAUGCUAUCGGAAACCCGAAAGGGCCACCCCACUGCAACCAUCACUGCCAUGCCGCUUGCCUGUACGUGCCCAGGCGUCGCCGAUAAAAUGACCGCUAAGGUCAACAUGGCAAUCCAAGAGCACCAGCGAAAGACGAGACAGGAGGAACGGAAGGCCCAGAGAGCGAAGGCCACCAAAGAGAGACGAGAGAGAGCGGCUCUCAAGAGAUCAUUGGCGAGACAGAAAAGAGAAGAAGCGGCCAAGUCGAAAGGGGUGACGAUCAGGCUUCGCAGCGAGCCAGGCAAGGCGCUUUCACGUCAGUGA